AUGAAUCAACCAUUAGUUCCUGAAUAAGGACAACAUGUAGGAACAACUUUGCAUUUCCAGCGACACAUCUUGUAUUGGAAAAGAUGGACAUUCCUCUAAUUCUUUUUUUUGAUCCUCUCGACCUUACUUGGAGUUUGUUAUAUCUCAGAGAACAAUUAUCAAAUCAAAGAAGAUUAUGUGCCCAUUAUUGUGGCUGCACAAAACCUUAUUUAAAUAAUAGUGUAUUUACGAUGGAGAUGGGCUAUGAAAAACAAAGUAUUUUUAUAUUUCAACCUAUAGAAUAACUUAAAUAAGUGUGCUGAAUAUUUAAACUAAUAACAGAUUGUAAAUUAUGAAUGGCGUGAUGAAGUUGAUAUGCAUUAUUGUAAAAUUAUUUCCCCUAAAUAGAGAUUACAGGUAUACAAUAUACUAGAUUGAUUUCCAAAUACAAUUCAAAUUAGGGUACUUUUUUCGAAUUCAUGUAAAUAAUUUAUACUAUUUUAGAUGUAUUCAAACUAUUUCUUUUUCAUCCCCAUGUUUUUUUGGUUGGCAGCCAUUGUAUUAACAAUAUUUUACUUCGAUAAUAACCACAUUUAUUAAUGGCAAUAUUUGACAUUGAUCGCUAUAACAUCCUUCAUCACAGGCUUUGAUCUCAUUGCAUUAAUCACCUUUCCAUUUUACUAAAUUCCAAAAUCCAUUCUAACUUAUUGCAGAAGAAAAAAACACAUUAAGCCAUAUAAUCCAAGUUCCUUCGAUCAAUCAAGUUCCCAAUGUGCUAUUUGCCUCAAUGAGUAUUAAAAAGGUGAAAUUGUAUACAUCCUACCUUGUAAUUCUAAACAUUUCUUCCAUCAGUAUUGCAUCCAAAACUGGAUCCAAUACUAAUCAAUUUGCCCUUUCUGUAGAGCAGAAUUUAUCUAUUUAGAAUGA